AUGCGUGCUCUUUAUUUAUUUCCAUUGGCCACAUUGGCUAUUCCGGGAGUUUUUUCAAUUGGCACGAAUGACCAAGUAGAUCCCGAUCUCGACUAUGGAACAUUUCAAACCCCAUCCUCAUCUGUGAGGCCUCGCUUCCGGUACUGGGUAAAUGAUGCCUCAAUGAACCUGAGUGUUCUCGCUGAGGAUGUGAGAUCCAUCGGAAAGGCGGGUGCGGGGGGCAUUGAGCUUCUCGGGUACUAUUUAUAUGGAGAUAGUCCAUCUUAUGGUGGGGCAAAUUCUGCGCCUUUGCAAACUGAUUGGACUGUUUAUGGCUUUGGUGGUGCUCCAUGGAAGGAAAUGGUCGACACCAUCCUUGAAGUAGCGAAAGAGGAAAGCCUGGUGAUUGACUUUGCUAAUGGGCCAAACCAAGGAGCAGGUGUUCCGGCACCUUAUAACAGUGAUGGUCUUCUUUGGGAUCUCGCCGCAUAUAACUCAACGUUUUCAAGCAGCAAAGGCUUCAAGAGCACAUUGCCUGGUUGGGGAUCUGGUCGUUUCAUUGCAGCUACCACAGGAACUGUCAAGUCAAGCACUGCUUCAGAGGCGGUGCUUUAUGAAAGUUCUCUACAGGAUGUUACCAGCAUGGUGAAAUCGGACGGGCGCCUAAAAGUUGAGGCAACCAGCAAUUCUGAAGGAACUGAAAGCCUUGUCUUUGCAUACUACCUCAUACAUUCCCGUUACCGUGAGGCUCCAGACCCCACUGAUCCAUCAAUUGUGACAGCAGUACCUCAGUCCCCAGUCACAGAAUACUCUCAGAACGGAUCAUGGGUUGUCGAUCAUUGGUCCGCUGCCGGUGCGCAGGUUGUGGCCAAUUUCUGGAAGCAGUCUAUAUUGGAUAGCGAGAUUGGACAGCUCCUUCGAGACGUUGGAAAUUAUCUAUGGGAAGAUAGCCAGGAGUUCAGUGUUGCCACCUUCUGGACACCUGACCUUCAGAAGAAAUUCCUCUCCAACCGAGGGUACAGCAUCAACAAAUAUAUACCACUUGUCGUGGGUUCUGGAGGAACGACGUCCAAUAUCACGUAUGUCACGGACGAGAUCGAUGCGGGUGCCAAUCACAUCGUAGACUACCAACAAACACUUACGGAGCUCAAUGCUGAAUACCUCGACGCUUUGACUGAAUGGAGCAAUGACUUAGGAGUCCAGUUCUCAGCCCAAGUUGUCUAUAACCUUCCGAUGGACAUGCUCGCUAAUAUCCCGCACGUCAAUGCACCCGAAUGCGAAACGCUUGGUUUCAGCGAAAAUAUCGAUGGAUACAGACAAUUCAGUGGCCCUGCAAACCUCGCAGGAAAACGCGUGAUCUCAAGCGAGGCGGGUGCAAUAUUUGGUGAGGCUUACCAGCAACCAAUAUCCGAGCUCCUUUGGACAUUUAAGCGCUCUUUUGCUGGAUCCGUCAACAGUUUCAUUAUCCACGGAUUCCCAAAUUCCGGAAAUUAUGGAAACACGUCCUGGCCUGGCUUUACGACUUUUAUGUAUGAAUUUUCGGCCAUGUAUGGACCUCGUCAGCCUGCUUUUGCUUUCUAUUCGGAUUUUCUGAACUGGGUCUCGAGGAAUCAGUUCAUCCUGCAGACUGGUAUUCCAAAAAUUGAUGUUGCGUUUUGGUCAAAGUCGACGACCUACAAAAGUGUUCCAACUAGCUAUGCACCUGUGGACUUGCAAGAAGCAGGUGAGAAUUUUCGUUUCCUUCAGCCUGGGUUUCCCUAUACUGACCAAUUCUACACAGGCUAUACCUACGAGUACCUAAGCCCAGACAAUUUUGCGCUCCCUGAAGCUUACGUCUCUGAUGCCGCUUUUGCUCCGAACCGACAAGCAUUCAAAGCGCUCAUUGUUCGGUCUAACGAGACUCUCACGACCUUGGGUGUCAACAAGCUUGUUCAAUAUGCGCAUGCUGGCCUUCCAAUUAUCUUCCCAGGUGGAUUACCAUCAAACUUCAGUGGAUACCACCCAACUGCAGCGACCAAGGCUAUCAAGUCAUUAAACAGUAUUAAGUCUUUGAAAAAUGUUCACUUGGUCAAGGCAGAUGGCCUUGCGGAUACGCUUGAGUCUCUAAAUAUCCUGCCACGAAGUUCUGUCACGGCAAAUGGCACAUGGUAUACAAUGUGGAGAGAGGAAGCAGCCAACGCGAAAUCUUAUAUCUACGUGUACAAUGAUGCGACUGGUCUGUCUUUCGAAAAAGGCAUGACAUCUGGCAGUGUAUCAUUUGAAAGUACCGGUGUUCCAUUCUUCUACGAUGCAUGGUCGGGUGAAGUGACUCCCAUUUCUUCUUAUACCCAGUCCAAGACGCACACAACUAUCCCUCUCCAAUUAGCUGGCAACCAAACUGCAAUCAUCGGCUUUGACAAGAAUGCCAAGUCUAGCGUCCACAUCCAGGAUACCACAAUCCCCGUACUUCCCACGACAAGUGACACCGAGUCUCUCACUGUCCUCAGAUCGUUUGAUCAAAAGUCACGUGAAAUUAGACUCUCCACUGGAAAGAAAGCAUCUCUCUCAUCAAUGUCCACCAAGCCCUUCACUUUGGACAACUGGAAAUUGAACGUCGAGUCAUGGACACCUCUGCCAGACUUUUAUAACGCGGAAGGCGCAACUCGCACUAAUCAAACAUUCCACAUCCCAAGCCUUGUUCCUUGGAACCAAAUCUCCCACACUUUGGCCAAUGUCUCAGGAAUCGGAUACUAUACAACGGCCUUCACAUGGCCUCCAGCAUCCUCAUCCAGUGUGUCAGGUGCUUUCAUUGACCUUGGCGCAAUCACGCACACGGCUCGUGUGAUGAUUAAUGGACACCAUUUGCCACCGCUAGAUAUUUCCUGGGCUAGAGCUGAUAUUGGGUCGUUCCUUCAGCAUGGGAAGAACAUCGUGGAAGUCAUUGUCAGCACAACAUUGGGGAAUGUGCUCCGGACUUAUUGGGAUGAGCUCGAGACAAGCGGGAAGCUUGCAUCGGCCGUCGUUGCUGAUCCACCAACUGAGGAGGGUUAUGGAUUGGUUCAUCCUGUAAAAAUUAUACCUUACCGCAAAGACAAGAUAGUGUAG